CUUGUUAUUAACUCGAGUUCGGCGUUAUCAUUCCUCUUUUAAGUUCUUCUACAUCAGGAGGCGUGAAGUACAUGACUUAGCUAAUUAACUUGGAUGCGAGACGAUGUGCAAAACCUUGGUAAAGAGUAGAUUGUCCAAUGGGCACAUGUGGGUUUGGCACCAGAUUUUGCACCGUGAGUUGUGAUCAAUCUAGGGACUGCUGCGAUUUUUCCAAUCUGGCGAAACCGAGGACGCAAAUGAACGAAAUUUGCGUCAAGCCUACAAGAAAAGCUGGAAACUAUGUCGACAACGUUUCAUCAAUUCGUCCCACACAAAUGAAGCUGGAGGAAAAUAUGGUCAACGAAAACCACCCGUCCACAAUGUGGGGCAAUAACUUCACUACCUCCUUCCAAUGAUGGAAAGAGGUGCAGAGAUAGAAAUUUAUCAAACUUAGAACAAAUGCGGUGAGCUUAGAUUAACCUGCUCAUUAAGAGAGGCUACGCCACCGUAAAGUUGUCCAUCCGUCCAAGAGAUUCGCAUCGCCAUGUGUAUUGGGCACACACUUCAGUCCGCCAUAACUGGUUCAACAACAAGCUCGGCUGCAUGUCGUCACAUAACCUGAGCGGAUCUGGGUUUAGAACGAUGAAGUGAAGAGAAGGUGCCUAUCGGCCUUACAACCUUCCAAACGGUCGAGCAAGUGCGAAUUCGCAUAUUAGACUUCUUUGUCGGUCGGUGGGCUAGUAGAGUAUCCGAAUCAUGACUUCUCCUCAGUCACCAUCCGAUAGGUUGGUACUGAAACGGGUGCAGUCAGAUGCACCCGCGUCACCUUUAGUUGGUCCUCUUCGAAAUUGUCCGAAUGAUAGAGGAGUAUGCGCAGAUGGAGAAUCCUCCAGUGGGCAGUGCAGUCCGGCGGAGGUCAGAGAAUCGCCUGGAAAUCUUGCUAGGUUUGUUGAGAACAAGAAGACAGAAUCCUGCUUCGAGAGUUUUGUUAUUGUGCACAAUGUCGCAAAGCGGCACAAUCUGGGAACCAUAGCUCGUAGUGCCACAGCUUUCGGGGUAAGCGAACUUAUAUUGGUUGGAAGGAAAGACUUCAACGCUUUUGGUAGUCACGGAGCAUCUCUGCACGUACAAUUUCGACAUUUCCACACGCUUCCAGAGGCCGCGCUUUAUUUGAAGGCUAAAGAUGUAGACAUCUGCGGGGUCGAGAUCGUCGAAGGAGCACAAGCAGUAAAUAAUCAUCCAUUCAGACGCAGCACAGCUUUCAUGCUCGGAAACGAGGGAACAGGGCUAUCGAAGAAAGAAAUGGAGGUUUGCGACUUCUUUGUGUACAUUCCCCAGUGCGGGGCGGGAACAGCUUCUUUGAACGUAACUGUGGCCGGAUCAAUCGUGCUUCACCACUUUUCAGUGUGGGCGGGAUUCGCAGAAAGGAAGAGAGAAGGUCACAAGUUUGUGGUCUCCGAAAGGCCGGUUCGCCGAACACCUCGAAACGUAGUCGGUGACAAUCCGGAUGCAGUGAAGGAGCGACGGCGACAGAGGGCAGAUGAUGGGCAAGAUGUCUGGCAGCUCUGGGAUGCGGUGGAUGAGGAUGAGGGUAAUGAAGCCCACGCCGACAACGAUCAAAGCACAUUGAACAAUCUUUACAAGUGAUCUGCCAGGUCGCGGCGUGGUUUGCUGGUGUUGAAUCCAUCGCCAGCUUCAUCUUCAUGAGCAGGGAUCAUGGAAUCUGGAGUUUCGAAGGCGGAAAUCACACGGAAUUGAAACAGCUGUGAAAUCUCAGUUCGUAGCAAAGCUCUGGGGCUAUCUUUCCGGCAAUUUCAAAAAGUAGGAAAUCUAGCUUUCAUGUAUACAGCGCGCCCAUAAGAGCAGGAAGUCCACCAUUUCGAUGAGCUUAUUAACAACUUUCAUGUCAAUUUUAGACGCUCACUCGAAGUGCAGCCGACCCGCAAAUCAAAUCGCGACGGAUUUGCUCGUGGACGUAUUGUCUUUUGCAAGUUUGGGCAACUCCGGCCACUUCCUUUGUCCAUUUGGUCGAACGUGGAAAUGUUUACACAGGCGAUUUCAUUAUCCAUUUGAAUAGAUGUUGAUGACACUUUCUUUGGGUGCUCAUAUUCGUCGAUUGCAGAGUAAGAAUUGUGAUAGAAGUAGAAAGCAGUGGUCACGAAUUUGCAUGAACAUCUGCGUACUUCUGUAGGAUCUUUCAGAUUUCACAACAAAUAGA